AUGUUGACGACCAACACGUUACUAUCGUUUCAAGACAAGCUGGCAACAAGCUGUCUCCCUGAGGCGCUCCGAGAUGCUAUACAUGUCACUCGAGAGCUGGGCUAUCAAUACAUCUGGAUCGACGCAUUAUGUAUUAUCCAAGACGACGAUGACUUUAAACAGGUUGAGCUUCAAAAGAUGAAUCGCAUCUAUCAAAAUGCUUUCUUGACCAUUCAACCGACAUUGUCGGAUUCAGUCGAGAAAGGAUUUUUGGAUGGGAGGAUAAUCACACCCCAUGUCAAGUUGCGUUUCACCAAUGGCACCCAGUCUUAUGUCUACGCAAGACGACUGAUUCCUUCAUCACGGGAUAAUGAUGGACCAACGACAAAGAGGGCGUGGAUCUUCCAAGAGACGGCUCUCUCUACACGAUUGGUAGUUUAUAAUUACCAGCAGGCCAUCGUUGCAUGUCAGACACAGACUCGACUAGAAAGUGCGGGCAAAGAGCCCAAUUCCUUCUUGGGCCCUGGCCUACAUAGACUCAUCCGACCCGAUCGAUAUAUUCCCGUGGAAUCCCGUGAUGCAACAGAAUCGCGCAAAGCGGCAUUCUCUGGGUGGUACAAGGCAGUUGGGGUCCAGUACAGUGGCAGGCUCUACACUGUUGGCAAAGACCGACUCUAUGCCCUUUCAGCUUUCGCAGAAGAGGCACACCAGCUCAUAGGAGGCGAGUAUCUCGCGGGCCUCUGGAGCGCAGAUCUUCUCCGCGGCCUUGCGUGGGGUCCUAGGAGCUGGAGGGUGCUGAACAAGGCAACUCAAUACCGCGCACCAUCGUGGAGUUGGGCCGCACUUGAUGGCAUGGUUCUCUGGAGUACAGAAAGAAGUCACAUUGAGCCUAUAUCUAAGGAAACUAGAGUUGUAGAAGCCUGGGUCAAGCCAGAGGGAAUCAAUCCCUACGGCCCCUGCCUUGAUGGAAACCUUGUCUUGGAGGCUCUGGUCGGUGCAGCUUCGGUCUCGAUGAAGCCAUGGUACGAAGGAAAGCACAUCAUGCAUGGCCAAUUCAUUAUGACAACCAUGAACGGCACCCGAGACGUGUGCUAUGCCCAUUUCGACACAACGGAGCAGCCCGAAUCUUUUACUUGUGUUUUUUUGACAGGUCAAAGAGGACUCCUUCUUGCCACGCAUGGUUCAAGCUUUCGGCGAAUAGGGACUUUUCUUCUGGGCGAUGCUUUCAUCAAGACAAGCGGUACGCAGGGCUUCCAGACGUGGAGGGACAGUUGCGAGUACCAGAUGAUUUCGAUAAAAUAA